GAGUGGAGUGUGUAAGGAAAUCUCAGGUGGGCGCGAGGUUUGCGUUAGAGUUUCUGUGCGUCUCGAGGAAUGUAGUUGUGUGUUACUCACGCCACAGUCGCGUGCGUCUCAUCCGUGUCAUGUCUCCCCGAUUUGGGCACGCGAAUGCGCUCGGAUGGCUGAAAGAGGGACGGGACGGUGCUGAAUGAAGACGGGCACAGUUUGUGUGAGAGGCACAAUUUCGUUCACGUUAUUUGUUUGUUUUCUGGUGGCGCCGUUAUGGAAAUGAUCGUGCGCAACUCGCUUCCUGCGGACGGGCUCGGGUGCCAAAACGGCCAUGCAACGGACAUCACGGUGUCGCUCUCGCACCCAGGCAAGCGGAUGAGCCCGAUCGAGGUUGGCAGUUUGUACCGCCUUAGAGAAAGAAAAUUCCUGCUCGAGGACAAGAGGCGCCUUUGCGCGUGCGCGCUCGGAGCCGCUCUCCUCGGCAUUCUGCUCAUGAUGCUGCACGCCGAGCUCUGUCCCGCCGUUUACCUGCCGGGCUCCAUCUAUGCCCUCUGUAUAAACUGCCUCAUCAGCUUCUCAACCGGCUGUCUGCUCAUCUUUAUCAUUGCGUUCCAUUAUAAAGACAUCCGGCUCUUCAUCAUAGACCACAACCAGGUGGACUGGCGCAUUGCCAUGACCACCAACCGUGUGCUUUGCAUUUCUCUGGAGCUAUUGGUCUGCGCCCUGCACCCAGUGGGGAUCUACUUUGGCCCCUUGACUUCAGCGACAAACUCUUCUUCCUCCUCCACUCUCCCCCAAGUUUCGACGCCGCUGUGCCUCUGCAGUAGUCCCAUGGAGACAUGGCUCGAGUUGGAGCUACUGCUAUCAGCACUGAUGUUCUUGCGCCUGUACCUUGUGCACCGGGCAAUUCUGCUUCACAGCAAAGUGCUGCUGAGUGCCUCUUACAGGAGCAUUGGAUCACUCAACAACAUCAACUUCACUUUCCGCUUCGUUCUCAAGGUACUCAUGAACAAGUACCCAGCACGCACGCUCCUGAUUUUUAUCCUGCUCUUCUGGUUUACCUCUGCCUGGAUGCUACGGCUGUGUGAAAGGCAGGCCCAGGUGCAGACGGGUGAUGUGGGUACCGCGCUCUGGCUCAUCGCUAUCACCUUCCUUACAGUAGGUUACGGUGACGUGUCUCCCAUAACCACCUGUGGCAAAGUGGUCUGCCUCUUCGCAGGUGUCAUGGGUGUAGCAUGCACUGCUAUGUUAGUUGCAGUUGUGACAAAGAAGCUGGCACUGAACAAAGGAGAGAAACAUGUUCACUUCUUCAUGAUGGAUAUCCAGAUCUCUAAAGAGAUUCGCAAUGCUGCUGCAAAUGUGCUGAGGGAAUGCUGGCUUCUCCACCGCACCAUACAGGCCAGGGACAAGCACAGCGAGCACAGACGCCACCAGAGAUGCCUGCUGGAGGCCAUCCGUAUAUUUCGUCACCUGCGACUGAAACAGAGAAAACUGAGGGACUACACAAGUGAGAUGGUGGACCUCUCCAAGAUGCAGAUGAUCAUGUGUGACUUGAGUGCCAACUGGAACAACUCAUACCGAGAGCUGGAGCAGCGCAUCAUCUCUAUGGAACAGAAGCUGGAUGAGUUGGGCCAGUCGUUCCAGAGCACAUCCGAGCUGCUGAGCCAAGCACUGCAGCGCCGCCACCUUGUCCACAGGUGACGUGGCAUAUUUCUCCUCCGAAAUACUACAUCGGAGGCUCAGAUCAAAACUGCACAAAGCUACAUGGAUCGGCAUAAAUGGAGGACUUACGAUUUGUUUUUCCAUAGACCUCCAGGGCUGCAGUGGCUGCAUGAGAUUCUUUUUCGCGAACAAAAAGAUUACUUCUCUUGGAUAUGGGAUUAUGACAAAAAUCAAAUGUAUUUAUGACAAUAUUUAUGUGUAUCUAUAUCUGCAACACUGAAACAAAAAACAACAACAACAGUGAAGGGGUUCAGUGUUUGAUGCUUUGAAGGUUUAGUGAAACUGUGUUCCUAUGUAAAUUCCAAGUUGCUUUAAAAGACAAAGUGAUCUUAAAGCUUUUCAGCCCUCUCCAGCAGGGCCAGUACAGUCCAAUUAUGCCACAAGACUAUGACCAAGAACUGUUUUUAUUUCAUCAGUUAUCAUUAACAGAUUUUGUCCAGCUGUGUUUAUUCUUCAAGAAUGCAUUAUUAAAACUGAGACUAAUUGUUUUAGCUGUUUGAAAUCAUGUGAGUACUUGAAAUCUGUCUGGAUAUCAUGUUUGCUUACCAUUUAAUUCAUUUAAAAUGUUGUAAUGCCACACAGUGAAUUUCCUUCAGUGUACCAUGUAACACCUAUCAUUGACUCAGUUACUAUGGUCAUCUAGGUUUGUGGGCUGAACUCCAAGUAUGGCAUAGAAACAAAUGUAAAAAACUAUCAGCUUCCAAUAUUCUCUGCUAUCAUGGUUUCAGUCUAUAUUGGAUUCAAUAUGGUUAGUUCAGGAUGCAGUCUAUAUUUCAAUUUUCAAGGAAAUCUAGUUGCUCCUUCCAGACAAUCCAUGUCAUCCAUUCAAUCCAUAUCUGUUUUAAAAUAAAUAAAAAGCCAAACAAAAA